CGCUGGGGAGUUGAGGCAGGAAGCCGCGGAAGGGAAAAAAGGGAGAGAAGUUAGCAGGCGGGAUUGGAAGGCCUCAGCGGAGGGAAGGGCUGAGGGACUUUAUUUGCAGGUGGUUGCUAAGGGAGCGGUCUCUUCCUCCUCCUCCUCCUUGCUAAGGGGUGUCUCCGCCACCUGCUCCUCCAGCAGCGGGAUUGGAGAUUGCUGUGGAAGAAGAGAAGAUGCCUUCAAUUAAACUGCAGAGUUCUGAUGGAGAAAUAUUUGAGGUUGACGUUGAAAUUGCAAAGCAGUCUGUAACCAUCAAGACAAUGUUAGAAGAUUUGGGAAUGGAUGAUGAAGGGGAUGAUGAUCCUGUCCCUCUUCCAAACGUUAAUGCAGCUAUAUUAAAAAAGGUAAUCCAGUGGUGCACCCACCAUAAAGAUGACCCACCUCCCCCUGAGGAUGAUGAAAACAAAGAGAAACGAACAGAUGACAUCCCUGUGUGGGACCAAGAAUUUCUUAAAGUAGACCAAGGAACUCUCUUUGAACUUAUCCUGGCUGCAAACUACUUAGACAUCAAAGGCUUACUUGAUGUGACGUGCAAGACAGUUGCAAAUAUGAUUAAGGGAAAAACACCAGAAGAAAUCCGCAAGACCUUCAAUAUCAAGAAUGACUUCACUGAAGAAGAAGAAGCCCAGGUACGCAAAGAAAACCAGUGGUGUGAAGAAAAGUGAAGUCUUGUGCCUGACAACUGACACUGUAAGGAUCGUUCCAAAUACCAGUUGCACUGCUCUGUUUAUAACUGUUAAUAUUAGACAAAUGCAGCAGCAAAUGAAGUUGUUCUUGUAGGGUGGUGUUCUCUUUGCAUGUGUAAUAUUUGAAUAUAGAUUUAAAUCCUUUUGGCUGAGUUUCUACCAGUGUAAUCCAAUGUCCCCAUACUUUUCCUCUGAUACCAAUAAAACUAAACUAAGUGUGGACUCCGUAUGGCAAUUCGCACCGCAAGCUAGCCUUUCCAUGCUUUUAAAUGUGUCACUGUAUCAUUUAAAAUAUAUAGGAUGUCAGAAAUUCAGCAACCUCUGGCACUGUAAAUAAAAUCAAUUGCAAAAGUUUUCUGAAACAGAAUUAAUGAAGCCUGUUUUCAUUCACAUCCUAAUGGCUUCUUAGAACAAUGGGAAGUCUUGAAAACCCAGUUGCAAUAAUUGUUUCUUCAGUUCUACACCUUUCUUUGUUGGGGACAGGUGACAACUGCCACAAACCGUGUUGGUUUUGUUAGCUAAGGGUCAGUUCUCUAGAGGCGUAAUGUAGAACUGAUUCAGGCAGUUAGAGGUAGACAGGCCCAUUUUUGGCAGAUAACAAAGAUCAUGCUUCUUUCUGGAAAUCACAGUUUAGUUGCUUAGUCCCCCGAACUAGCAGAUUAAAUCCCACUGUGUGAUCAAAAGAGAUUACCAAAGCUAAAAUUCCAUGGAUAGUACAUGUUGGUGCUUGCUAUGUUAGGCAAGCUGCAGUAUUUUCCUGUAGUUUAAAAAAAAUUCUUAUUCUGUGAAAGUCUUAGUCUGCAGUGUUGUACAUGAAGUCAGAUUGCAGUGACUUGUCACUGUGCAUACGCAGUAUGAUACUGAUGUUGUGCCAUUUGAUGGUUGUUUAGGAAAAAACCACUUGCAAGUAAGACUGUUUCUUUUUUUCCAGUUUCUACAGUUCCCCUGUAGGAAUUAGGAUGUUCGUAUGUACUAAGCAUUGAGGCAUCCCCUUGGCUUGUAUUGCAUUCCAUUUUCUGUAUACACACUAGAAUAGAACAAAACCCUAAUAAAUAUACUUCACUUCAAA